GUCACUCUCCCUGGCAGGCCCAUAAAACCAGCCCAGGGAGCAGCUCCACGGAGAUAAACACAGCUGGAGUUUAGAAUUUUGCUUCCAGGAGCCCCAUAUCAGGAAGAGAAGAGGGAGGAGAGGUUUGGCUCAUCGGGCCUUCCUGUCAGAGCUGGGAAAGAUGCAGCUCUCUCUGAGAAACAUGAUCCCUUCUAUUUGGGAAAGAGCCUCCCUACAGAACUUCCUUCUUCUCUCUGCUAUCAUCCUGAUUCUGACACAUUAUCUGAAGAGAAGAAGGAGGAAUCUGAACUACCCCCCUGGCCCUCCGGGGCUGCCCAUAUUGGGCAACUUCCUCCAGAUGGACUUCCAAAAACCCCAAGUCACCAUGCAAAAGUUUGUCAAGAAAUAUGGAAAUAUUUUGUACAUGAAUAUGAUCAGUCAAAACUUUAUAACAGUAACUGGAUUGCCACUGAUCAAGGAGGUUCUGGCCAACCAAGGAGAUGUUUUUAUUGAUCGACCCCAAAUCCCUAUCCAGCUUCAAAUCUUUAAGUCAUCUGGUUUAAUCAUGUCUAAUGGCCAACUGUGGAAACAUCAAAGAAGAUUUGCCUUAAUGACCCUAAGGAACUUUGGUUUGGGAAAGAAGACCCUGGAAGAUCGGAUACGGAUGGAGGCCAAGUAUCUCAUUGAGGCUAUCAGGGAAGAAAAAGGACAGCCCUUUGACCCCCACUAUGUGAUCAACAAUGCUGUUUCUAACAUCAUCUGCUCUGUAACUUUUGGGAAUCGUUUUGAGUACCAUGAUUCACAAUUUCGGGAGCUCCUGAAGACUGUGGAUGAAGUCAUGAAGCUUUUGGUCAGGUGGGAGUGUCAGCUCUUCAAUAUAUUUCCUUCUGUAAUGAAAUUCCUGCCAGGAACUCAUCAGAAGCUCUUCAGAAAUUUUAAAAAGCUAGAGUCUUUUGUAGAAGAUGUGAUCAAACAACACAAGGAAAACCUGAAUCCAGAGGAGCCCCAAGAUUUCAUUGAUGCUUAUUUGAAGGAGCUGUCCAAGGAUAACAUCCAUUAUAGUUUUAAUGAAAAAAAUUUAGUCUACUGCACCCUGGACCUCUUCUUUGCUGGAACAGAGACAACUUCAACCACACUAAGGUGGGGACUGCUGUACAUGGCCCUUUAUCCAGAGAUCCAAGGCAAAAUACAAGCGGAGAUUGACAGGGUGAUUGGCCAAUCUCAACAGCCCACAAUGGCUGAUAAGGAGAAUAUGCCCUACACUAAUGCAGCUGUUCAUGAAGUUCAAAGAAUGGGAGAUAUUGUUCCUUUCAAUGUACCCAGGAUGGCUGUGGUUGAUACCACAGUGGCAGGAUAUUAUGUGCCUAAGGGGACCAUGUUGACGACCAACUUGACUGCUUUGCACAGGGAUCCCAAGGAGUGGGCAACCCCAGAAACUUUCAACCCAGAACAUUUUCUGAAGAAUGGCCAAUUUAAGAAAAGAGAGUCUUUUCUGCCUUUCUCAAUUGGAAAGAGGGCCUGCCUGGGGGAACAGCUGGCUCGGGCUGAGCUCUUCCUCUUCUUCACCAGCCUGCUCCAGAAGUUCACAUUCCAGCCUCCCCCAAACACCCAGCUGAGCCUGGAUGUCCAAUAUAGUACCACCAUGUCUCCUCUCCCCUACAAAAUCUGUGCCAUUCCUCGAGAGAUGUAGGCCAAACAAUGCCUGUGGGGUGAUAUUCCAACAGGCACAGGGUAAAGCUUGAACCAUCCUCAUCCUCCCUGCAUUUGGAGUUUGGCUAGGGACAGAGAGAGAAGUCAAGGAGGGAAAAAGAUGAGAGAGAUCAAGGAAGCAUAUCUGUUGCCCAGUGUGAAUAUUCCAAGUCAGAAAAAGGAGAGGCAUGAACACUAGCAAAAUGAUAACACAGACUCUUUACUAGAUUGGAAGUUUAAGGACUUAGGUGACAUCUCAGCUCUGUCACUUACUAGCUGGGUAAUUUCAGAUCAUAUCCUUGAAACUCUGCCUCUUUUUUUCAAAUCUAGACUGAGAAGGAGGACGAUCUCUAACAUCUCUUCUAAUUCUAAAUUGACAAUUCUAUGAUGCACUGAACUGAGAACCAAUCCUAUUCUUUCCCUAAUUCAAGCAGUGGGGCCAAACUUUGGUUAAUUAUUCCUCUCUCUUGUGCUUAUAACUCUACAGUGGAUGUGAUUUUAGGGAAGGCUUCAGAAACUUUAAAUCCUAUGGUUGAUUAGGAUGUUCUUAAGAGAUCCUUAUAAAUCAUGUAUUGCUUGCAGACAAAUAUUAUUUUCUUUAUGUCUUUGCAUCUAUAGCAUCCAAUCUGGUGCCUAGCAUAGAGAAGGAGCCCUUUAAUGAUGAUUGUUUCAUCUUUAAAAAAACUUCCUUUCACAUUAAUAAUUUCUUUGACUUUCACAGUGUGAAAUAUUAACCCAUUUGUUGAUGAACUGAGUUUCUCAUUCCUAUUAAAAGCCAUGUUAUUGAUGAUGCAUCAUAAGUAUUCUGCUGUUAUACUCACAUGAAGCCAAGAAUGUGCCCACUUUUGUUUUGCUCAUCUAUUAAAAUUCUCUGUUUCUCUCAUGUUUCCUUGAGAGAUGUUUACAGAAAAUAGAUUUCCAUGCUGACAAUCAAAAUUUAAACACAAAAUGUAAAUGUCAAUGUGAAUUGGUAAGAUAAUUAUUCCUCAUUUAUUGUUUGUGUUAUCUUUUCUAAUGUUCCUCCAUUAAAUUAUUAAAAAUGCUGAGUGAAUCUAUAAGGAGAUCUUUGUAUCUUGUACCAUGGAGCCAUCUUUGGGAAAAUUGCUAACCAUGGUCAAUAAAUUAAUUGUAC